UGGAACUUCAGAACGCGUUUGUGGGUAAGUUUUAAUAUACUGCGGGAAUAUCGGUGUUGAGAAGACAUGUGGAAAUAUUCCGAUAAGAAACUGAAUGCAGCACUUUUGACCUGCGGUCAAAGCCCAAAGACCGUGACACGAAUUUGAUCGGGCUAGUAGGCAGCAGAGAUUAUCCGAGCAGAUGUCGUUUUUCCCCCCCACGUAUUGAAACAGUGGGGCCAAUAAUAAACGCGCGCGCACGCAGUCACACGGAGGAGACAGGCUCACUGCCCCUGCGCAACUCUCUGCUUUCCCAUUUUCUGUCAGACAUAAGGGCGCAGCUCCAAUCCCACUCAUGUAAACUUCUGCACACUUUUAACUUUAUCCUGGUGGAUCUCUUUUGCUAUAGAUCACAAAUGGGGAAGAAGAGCGAACUGUGCUUGAAAUGGUCUCUGUGCCAUUUUGCGCUGCUCACUUUUUUCCUUGGCAAAGCGCGGGGGCAGAUCCGCUACUCCAUCCCAGAGGAGCUGGAACAUGGGGCUUUCGUGGGCAACAUCGCGGAGGACCUGGGCUUGGAUCUGGACAAGCUAUCCAUGCGCAGAUUCCGGAUAGUGUCCGGCUCCAAGAAGCAAUAUGUGGAGGUCAAUUUGGAAAACGGCGUCCUGUUUGUCAACGAGAGAAUCGAUCGAGAAGAACUGUGCGAACAGAGUUUGUCCUGCUCCUUCCACCUGCAAGUUGUGAUAGAAAACCCUCUGGAGCUGUAUAGGGUAGAGAUCGAAAUUCUGGACGUGAAUGAUAACUCCCCCAGCUUCCCCUGGACCGAGAUCAACCUGGACAUAUCUGAAUCUGCUGCGCCUGGAUCGCGUUUCCCUCUGGAGAGCGCGCAGGACCUGGACGUAGGAUCCAACUCGCUGCGCUCUUACUUGCUGAGCGUAAACGAACACUUCCAGUUGGACAUUCAGACGCGCAGCGACGGGAGCAAAUUCGCAGAACUGGUCCUGCAAACGCCGCUAGACAGGGAGCAGCAGAGCGCCCAUCAGAUGGUGCUGACAGCCGUGGACGGAGGCGCGCCGGAGAGGUCGGGCACUGCGCAAAUCUACAUCACGGUUUUGGACGCGAACGACAACGCGCCGGUGUUCGACCAGUCGUUCUACAGAGUGAGGCUGGCGGAAAACGCACCCAAAGGUACGGUCAUAAUAAAACUCAACGCCUCGGACCAAGACGAGGGUCCGAACGCAGACAUCUCUUACUCCUUCAGCGGCCACGCGCCGUUAAAGGCUCGCCAGCUUUUCAGCGUGGACCCACGCACGGGAGAAAUAAAAGUGAAAGGUGUGAUCGACUACGAGAAAGCAAGGAUGCAUGAAAUUUACGUGCAGGCGAAAGACAAAGGUCCCUCCGCCGUGGCGGUCCACUGUAAAGUGCUUGUGAACGUCCUGGACAAGAACGACAACCUGCCAGAGGUGAUCUUGACGUCAGUGUCCACACCUGUGCAGGAGGACGCGCCGCCUGGGACGGUGAUAGCCGUCAUCAGUGUGAUGGAUAAAGACUCGGGUGAAAAUGGGAACGUGGACUGCGAGAUCCCGCAUCACAUCCCGUUCCAGCUGCACUCCUCUUUCAAGAACUACUACACCUUGGUGACCUCAGACUUUCUGGACAGAGAGGCGGUGGCAGAUUAUAACAUUACCGUCACUGCCAGAGACAUGGGUUCUCCUCCUUUAUUUACAAGGAAGACGAUCCUUGUUCAGGUGUCUGAUAUGAAUGAUAACGCGCCUCAAUUCAGACAGCCCUCUUAUACUGUGUAUCUUACUGAGAACAACGCGCCAGGGGCGUCCAUCUGUUCCGUGACUGCAACAGACCCAGAUUCCGGUCAGAAUGCGUAUUUAUCUUAUUCUAUACUAGAAGGAGACAUACAGGGGAUGCCUAUAUCCACAUACGUGUCCAUUAACUCGGACAGCGGGAACAUUUACGCACUGCGCUCCUUCGAUCACGAGCAACUUAAAAACUUUCAGGUCACGGUCCAGGCUCAGGACGCGGGAUUCCCCCCUCUGAGUAGCAACGUCUCAGUGAGCGUCUUUAUCUUGGAUCAAAACGACAACGCGCCCCUGAUCGUGUCCCCCGUUAUGCAGAACGGCACAGCCUCGAGCGAAAACGUGCCCAGAUCGGUGGACGCGGGUUACCUGGUGGCUAAAAUCCACGCGAUAGACGCCGACGCGGGUCAGAACUCGCGUCUGUUUUAUCAGAUGCUCCAAGCAACAGACUCCAGCUUGUUCAGCGUGGCUCUGUACACAGGCGAGAUCAGGACGAUGCGGCAGAUAGAGGAGAAAGAGCCCACCAGGCACCGGCUGGUCAUUCUGGUGAAGGACAAUGGUCAGCCGCCGCUCUCGGCCACAGUUUCCAUCAUUUUGUCAGUAGUUGACAGCCUGCCAGCUUUACAGCCUGAUUUGGGUGACCUGUCACAGAGCCCGCAUCACAGCUCCAGCUUCACCCUCUACUUAAUCAUGGCUUUGGGUGCAGUCUCCUUCACGUUCCUGCUGGCCAUCAUCGUCCUCGUUGCAGCGAGGAGACUGAAGGGCAGAGUGCCCAGCAAGACAUCCAGCGUGCCCUCCAUCAGCAGCAGCUGCUGCGGCUGUUGCUCUCCUUCACAGCUCUCCUCCUCUAACGCCACCACGACCACCACGGAGGUUUUCAAAAAGUCCAACCUCAACGUCCGCAUGUCCGCCGCAGGCGCACCAGGCUGCACGGAGGCGAGCAGCAGCGGUGCGCACCCACAGGUGUACUGCUACAAAAUGUGUCUGACCCCAGAAUCAUCCAAAAGCGACUUCAUGUUCCUCAAGCCGUGCAGUCCAGUUCUGUCGGUUCAACAGAACAACGCCAAGAGUACGGAUUACCUGACCUCAGGCUGGAGCACGCUGGAGCGCAACGAGCUGUCCAACAACAGAGCAGCAACCCCGAAUGAGCUCAAGUAUUCACACAAGAACUUGACGUGGACCAAGAACCAGCGUAACUCAGCUUACAAAAGAUACAGCUCAGCUAAUAUGGAGGGCACCCUAUCGCGACAGGCAAAGUGUGACACUGACAGUUUCUCUGUGGCACCACAGUACUGGACCUGGGGGAACCAAAUGAACGACUGCAGGAGAUCUCUUCAAGAGGGAGCGUCUCCUAACUUCUCAUGGACUCCAAAGCUCACCCAGCCUCAUUCCGAGGCAGCAGAUUAUCAGCACAACGUCUACAUUCCCGGCACCACGUCUGGCUACAGCACCCUGAAGCUGACGCCCAGAGGGGACCUGGAUGUUUACAACACCUUCUCCACCUUUGGCAAGAAGAAAUUCAUCUCUAGCUAUGGACAAGCUUUUGACACAGAUGAUGGCAUCAUAAGCAAUUCUUUUUUCAAAUGAGAUGCUGGACGCUUUUAACAGUGAUAUUUUGGUUACAUCUUGGAAACAAAAGGAAACAUUCGUUGGCGACCUCACUGUUACCCUAAACUGCCCCAAUGUGGUUUAAAUGUUCAAUAACAGAACCCACACACACCUGUAUAUGUAUGGAUGUAUGAAAAUCUUCGCUAUAAAUUUGCAGAAGCAUAAUAUCAUACUAAAAAAAUAAGAAAUAUUCAACCUCUAGUUUGAAUACUUUACCUUUUCUUGCUGAAUUGUUUUCAAUAAAACCAUAGAGCCCUCA